AUGCCUCAUUAUUCAGUGAAACAAGUAUAUCAAAAGCUAGUUGGAGAUAGACCUAAGGUCCAUUGGGAUAAACUUGUGUGGAAUAGGCUCAGUACUCCCAAACACAGAUUUAUUGCUUGGUUGACAAUACAAUCCAGAUUACAAACUACAGCUAAGUUAGCUAGUAUUGGCAUCAGCAAUUCCUCUAGCUGUCUCAUUUGUGGACAAGGUGAUGAAACUCAUCAUCAUCAUCUGUUUUUUGAGUGUUCUUAUAGCAGGCAAUGCCUGACAGAGUUGAAAACAUGGCUGGGUAUUAGAACUGCAGCAACUGAUCUCUACCUUCUAUACAGAUCCAUCAGACAUGGCAGAAGCUCUAAGUUUAGAAAGCAGGAACUCAGUGUUUUGGGAUUGUUGUAUCCCUACUGUCAAGAGUACUAUAGGUGCUUUGAAGCAAGCAGUGAGAAGCAGAAUUCAGGCAGUUAUGCCUAA